UUAGCUUAGUUUUUAGCAAUUGGCUUGCGUGCUUAACAAAAAGAAAGACCCCACUGGCUCAAGACUUGUCUUCCUCCUCCCCCCUGUUCAGUUUCAGAUCUAAAACCACCAACCCAAAUCCUUGUUUCAGUCAAAACCCACCAAGAAUUCUUUCUGGGUGUGUUUUGUUUCUGUGUCGUUUGAUUGCUUUUACACAGAAAAGAAACGAAGCAGGGAUGGGCUUGAUGGGUGUCCAAGAAAAUGGGAAUGGGGAAAUGGAUGUGUCUUUGGGAGGGAAGAACAAGUACAAGAGAAUGGAUUCUGAAUUCACGCAGGAUAUUGAUGAUGCUUCACAUCAUCAAGAUAGGAGUUCAAGUACUAGAAAAUAUGUUCUUGCCUGUGCCAUUUUUGCCUCUCUAAACUCUGUUCUUCUUGGCUAUGAUGUAGGUGUCAUGAGUGGAGCAAUCAUAUUCAUCCAAGAAGAUUUGAACAUAACUGAGGUGCAGGAAGAAGUUCUGGUUGGUUGUUUGAGCAUCGUCUCAAUUUUUGGUAGUUUAGCUGGAGGAAGAACAUCAGAUGCAAUUGGUAGAAAAUGGACAAUGGGCUUAGCUGCUGUUGUCUUUCAGUGUGGUGCAGCUAUGAUGGCACUUGCUCCUUCGUUCCAAAUACUUAUGGUUGGAAGAAUUUUGGCUGGGAUAGGAAUCGGCUUUGGAGUCAUGAUUGCCCCUGUAUAUAUUGCAGAGAUUUCACCAACUAUUGCAAGAGGCUCUCUCACCUCCUUCCCUGAAAUUUUCAUAAAUCUUGGAAUUUUACUUGGUUAUGUUUCAAAUUAUGCAUUUUCAAAUCUUCCUGUGCACACAUGUUGGAGGGUAAUGCUUGCUGUUGGAAUUUUGCCCUCAGUCUUCAUUGCAGUUGCCCUUUUCAUAAUCCCCGAGUCCCCAAGGUGGUUGGUCAUGCAAGAUCGAGUUGAAGAAGCAAGAUCAGUGCUCUUAAAAACAAAUGAGAAUGAGAGAGAGGUAGAGGAGAGACUUGAAGAAAUACAAAAAGCUGCAGGAAAUACCAAUGGAGAUAAGUAUGAAGAAAAAGCUGUGUGGCGUGAACUGCUCAGCCCUUCUCCUGCACUUCGACGAAUGUUGGUGACUGGUUUUGGAAUUCAAUGCUUCCAACAAAUCACAGGAAUAGAUGCAACUGUCUAUUACAGCCCUGAAAUCUUAAAAGGUGCUGGGAUUCAGGAUAAUUCAAAGCUUCUUGCUGCAACAGUUGCAGUGGGCAUUUCAAAGACUGUUUUCAUAUUGGUUGCUAUACUUCUAAUUGACAAACUUGGAAGAAAGCCCUUGCUAUAUUUGAGUACAGUUGGAAUGACUAUUUGUUUGUUUAGCUUGGCUGCUACACUCACAUUUCUUGGGGAAGGACACGUCGGGAUUGCGUUGUCAAUCUUAUUCAUUUGUGCAAAUGUAGCUUUCUUUUCAGUGGGAAUUGGUCCUAUAUGCUGGGUUUUGACAACUGAAAUCUUCCCUCUGAGGCUGCGUGCUCAAGCAGGUGCACUUGGGGCAGUGGGUAACAGGGUGAGCAGUGGUUUGGUUGCAAUGUCUUUCCUCUCUAUUUCCCGUGCAAUUUCUAUGGGUGGAACUUUUUUUAUUUUUUCAGCAGUUUCAGCACUUUCUGUUAUCUUUGUUCAUAUGCUUGUCCCAGAGACAAAAGGAAAGUCAUUAGAACAGAUUGAGCAGUUGUUUCAAAAUGAACGCGAAUGGCAAGGGGGUGAAGUGGAGCUGGGAGAUGUUGAGCAUCUUGUGCAGAAAGAAUGACUCGUCCUUGAUUGGAAAAGCUAAUUAAACAGGCCUUAAUAUUCCAACUUUUGCCUGUCAGAAACCAUUGUAGUUGAUGCAUUAUUUGCUAAGUACCUAGCUACUCACUGGUGUUGGAUCAACACCUGCAAGUGUUUGCAACCAGAGUUCGCAGCAGGGGAGCAUUUAUAACAUGGAAUUCAAGUUGCAUUUUUUGUAAUCCAAGUGAGAUUCAGUCCUGAAAUUAGUUUGAUCUGUACAUCUUUCUUAUAGGAUUGAUUCAUUUGAAUUCCACGAGGAAAUCAUAUUGAUAAGAGAAUUACAGAAUUGCAUCCUAGGCAGAAUUAUUUAUUGUAUUGUUAUCUGGAAUAUUCUAAGUUGAAUCUAAACAAAGUUCACAACUACAAAUGAGGGAGGCUGAGAUGUAGAAAUUUUUCCAGGUUUGCAUUUCUUUAGGGUUGUCUGAACUAUAUCUUGCUUAGACUUUCUUGAAUGUGUUGGAGUUACUUGUGCUACAGUAAACUUGGGAAUUCAUUGUA